AUUCCUUACCCCAACAUUUUUAUAAUAAUUUAGUAAACUAUCCUUACAGGAAAAUUAGUGUUAUGCAAGGGAAGCUGAGAAAUCUUUCGAAAGUACAUGUUCUCCACAAUACAACAAUGAAAGGCUUUAUGAGAAGUAUAGCUGAGGAGAAGAAUGACAAAAUGCUGACUGAACCAUUCUCUGUCACAAACAUCUCAUCCAUUAUUGAUCAAAUAGAUAACUGGAAGAAAUGGUUUGGAUCAAUAGAACCGUAUUAUGCUCUAAAAGCACAGAAUAAUCCGGUGACACAGAGACUGUUUCACAGGAUGGGAUUAGGCUACGACUGUGCAUCACUGCCAGAGAUUCAAAGUGUCCUCUCUACUGGGUGUAAUCCUAACAAAAUCAUAGUAUCUCAUCCAUUUAAAAAUUAUCACUGUGUGGCAGAAGUGAUAAAACACAGAAUGCUGACAGUAGUAGAUUGUGCACAAGAAUGUGACAAGAUCAAAAGGGUCUAUCAUCAGUUAAAAAACCAGACGUUUCCCUAUGCUCAAAGUUUGUCACCAGAUAUGUCAGAAAUAGAGACUCCUCCCAUUCUCAUAAGAAUUAAACCUACAAAAUUAGCAGCAAAUAAAGUAGAGGUGAACUUUAGAAACAAGUUUGGUGUUGGUUGGAGUCAUUUUGAAGAGCUUCUUAUGCAUUGCAAGAAUCUAGAACUAGACAUCAAAGGGAUAUCAUUUCAUCCAGGACUAAGGGCAGAUGAUGCUGAACCAUGGACGGACACAAUUAAGUUUGCUCGGCACUGUUGGGAUAUCAUGCAUAAACUAGGCUAUAAUCCAAGCAUUUUAGAUAUAGGAGGAGGGUACAAACGUCGAGAUGAUGAAAAAAUGUCAACUAAGGAAAUUGGCUAUUUGAUACAGCGAUCAGUUGAUGAACAUUUUCACUCUUUGGGAGAGUCCCCAAUUGUAGUUGCAGAGCCCGGCAGUUUUAUGGUGGGAAAAAGCCAAAGUACAGCUGCAUGUGUUUUAGGGGCAAAAAUGGAGGGCAGUCGUUAUCCUGAGUAUCAUCUGUCAGCUGGUGUAUACAAUGGCUUAAGCUGGCAUCAAAUUGAUCCCCAAUAUCAAUCUGAAAUUGAACCUCUGUUCUUAAAAAGUUAUUGUUCACAUCAAAAGGUGAGUUUACAGAAUGCACACAUAUGGGGAGUUUCAUGCGAUGGAGCAGAUGAUUUGGGACUAAGAAAAGUUCCGAAACUUACUGAGGGAGACUGGGUGGUCUACUCAGAGAUUGGAGACUAUAUGAACGAGUUGAACACCUCAUUCAAUGGCUUUCGUCCACCAGAAAUAUAUUACUGCUGCGAGAAGAGACAUUCACAGACAGUACAACUUUUGUUGGCAGACGAAUUUCAAUUAACUGAUAUUACAGAAAUUCAUGGCCGCAACAUUUCAGAACACUUAAAUAUGUUAUCUUAAUUUUUGCAUGACGCAUACUGGAC